UUAAGGCUUUUGAUUAAUUACACCGGAGUGUAACACUUGUCAGCUCUUUGUGUUCCCCGAUAAAUUAGAGGCUCUUGAGACUUUACGCAGUCAUUCAGGUGAGGGCUGUGCGUGUGCGCGGACAUAUAGCCUAGACGACUUUUCACGCGCAGCACCACGACUGGUUAUAUAUUUUUACAACGAGAAAGGGACUAUUAUUUUACAACGAUAUUUUUGCCGAGCUGGAGGUUUUCAUGCCUUAAUGUGUGUUUCUUAGGACAGCACUUGAAACGAUAAUACAGGUCAAGAAGUGAUUUCGAUGGUUGGAAGACAGUCGAUCCGUAUGGAUGGCAGUGGUUCUGUGACAGUUAUGGAUGACAGUCCUGCAUCAAGCCCCAACUCGAGCCCCAGUCCCGACACGCUCUCAGCGGACAGCCGACGCGCAGAGGCCCUGUCUCGCUCCAGGGUGGUCCCGUCUAGUGGCCUCGGUGGCAGAGGGAGACCCGCAGCAGCCAACGCAGCGCGCGAGAGGAGUCGCGUGCAGACGCUCAGACAUGCGUUCCUCGAGCUACAAAGAACAUUACCGUCGGUGCCACCGGACACCAAACUGUCCAAACUCGACGUCUUGAUAUUGGCAACCACAUACAUAGCGCAUUUAACGAGAACCUUGCAAGAGGAGGGGAUGGAAGAGGACAACACAAAACAAACUGAAGCUUUGAACUCACUUAAAGGCGAUGGCUACUUGCAUCCUGUGAAAAAAUGGCCAAUGCGUUCAAGAUUAUAUAUCGGUGCCACUGGCCAGUUCCUGGGUAACUCGAAUGAAAAUCAAGGGGCAUCUUCAUCAUCGUCUCAAACAUAGAUCAUUUGCACAAAAGAUUUUUAGAGGUAAUGAUUAAAAAAAAAAAUGAAGGUUACAAAAAGUAGAGUUGUUGUUUUAGUAAUUUUGUUGCAUAAAUUGUUCAGUUGCAGCCUGUAAAAUUUAAAAAGUUUGUUUUACGCGGCAAAUGAACUGAACUUAUUGAAGUGAUUAUCAUUAUGAUGCCAUACAGACAGCUGAAUAAUUGUGCAUAUUAAUAUAUCCUAAUUAUUUCAAAUAUGUAAAUAAGAUUGAAAUAUUAAACGUGUUUUUUUAACUGUGGGUUUCUGCUCAGACUUCUGUAGCUAUUUGCAGUUCUGUACUUGUCUGAAUUCCGUGUGUUGGUUAUAAUGAGCUGUCAUGCUUGAGCUGUCGGCUAUGCACUUUCUGUUACAACAUUUGCACUAAAUGCAUGUGUGAAUAACUUAACAUUCGUCAUGUGAAGUGGUCUGUCAGAAUCGCAACAAUAACAUCAACAUUCCCAUUUCUCCUUCCUUCCUGUUUUUUAUGUGAAUAGUGGUACAUGUGGAAUAAUAAA